AUGCACUCCGUUACCGCUGCUGGUGUUGUGAUGUUGGCCUGUGCUGGCCAGGCCACCGCUUCUAGAUUCACCCUGAAUGAGACCUACGAUGCGACCAACUUUUUCGACAAGUUUGACUUUUUCUCUGGCAAAGAUCCUGCUGGCGGCCAUGUCGCGUACCAAACCCGUGAGGACGCCUUGAAGAAGCGCCUCAUUGCCACCCUUGACGACGAAGUUUACAUUGGAGCCGAUCAUGAGACUGUUGUAGAUGCUACGCAUGGAAGACCCAGCGUCCGUCUGGAAUCCAAGGCGUCGUACCUCAAGGGUCUCAUGAUUGCCCGCUUCAACCACCUGCCUAACAAGCAGUGUGGUGUCUGGCCUGAGUUCUGGACCAAGGGUGCCAACAGACCUCACGACGGACAAAUCGACAUUUACGAACACUGGAACGAAGCUCCUCACAACCAACCAGCCCUUCACACCGGACUGACCAGCGAUGUUGGUCUAUGCCAGAUUGACAACGUCAACCAGACAGGUACCGUUGCCGCGUACAACUGUGACAACAACUUUGAAGACCCUCCCAGGCAAGGCAAGGGCUCUGGCUGCAGCAUUGUCGAUACCAAGGGCCCUUGGGCUAACGAGGAUGGUGGCGUCUUUGCCAUGGAGUGGACCGAGGAAUACCUCAAGCUUUACAACUGGCACACCGGUGACGAGCCGGACAACAUCGACUCUGCGCGUCCCGAUACCUCCAGCUGGGGUCUUCCCAACCUUUACGUGAAGAAUGACGAAUGCAACAUCGACAAACACUUUGGUGCCCAGAAGAUGGUUCUGCACAUUACAUUCUGCGGUGUUGCUGGCACCAAGGGAUUCUGGGGCGAGACUUGCCUGGACAAGACCAAGACGCCGCAGUGCGUGGACUAUGUCUCCAACAGCCCUGCCGACUUCAAGAACACCUUCUGGAAGGUCCGUGAUAUCCGCUACUUUCAGCCUGCCAAGUCUUGCAAGAAAUGA